GCUGGGAUCUGCAUGCUCUCUUUCCCACUCUCUGCACAGCGCUGAAACUAUGUGCCACUCGCGCAACCAUCUCCACACUAUGACUGGCCUGCAGGCCCCGGCUCCCGCUCCCUCCACCAGCUCGGAACUCCGGCGAGGCUCCGGUCCCGAGAUUUUCACCUUCGACCCUCUCCCGGAGCCGGUGGUAGCGUCUGCCGCGCGUCUGAACACUUCCCGCGGGCACCGAAAACGCAGCCGAAGGGUGCUCUACCCUCGAGUGGUCCGGCGCCAGCUGCCAACCGAGGAACCCAACAUGGCCAAGAGGGUGCUCUUUCUCCUGCUCACCAUCAUCUUCUGCCAGAUCUUGAUGGCUGAAGAAGGUGUGUCGCAGACCCUGGCUCCGGAGGACGCUACCAGCGCCGCUCCCCCUGAACCCAUCUCUGCGCCCAUUACUGCGGCCCCGGUCCUCGAGCCCUUGAACCUGACCUCGGAGUCCUCCGACUACGCUCUGGACCUCAAAGCUUUUCUUCAGCAACACCCGGCGGCCUUCUAAAUGCGACGGGUCACACUCAGUCCGAAAAAAAACAAGAGGCACCGGCGUAUCUGGUGCGCCAGAGCGUAUCCCAAACUGGGACUUAUAAGGCAAUGCGAACUCAGAACAACACUACGGCCACGAUGCUGGUGCGAGCCCGAGGCACCGUGGGUCCUGGCCAGGCCCACUGGAGAAGGACAGAAGCCUUCUCAGUGUCCUAAUUAAUAUUUAUGUAUUUAUGUAUAUCCUCCUGGGUGAAGGAGGGGUGUAUGUAAUAUUUAUUCUAACUUAUGCAGGGGUGCGAGAUAUGCCCCCUUGCUGUAACACAGGUGUCUGGAUUAUUUAUUAACGAUUUAUAGGGUCGGUGAGACAGAGUGGUGGGGGGGAGGACUUGCAGCCUGGGGAUAAGACUUGGUGGCAGGUCGUAAGUUUAGGGGUAACAGUCCGUCUUCCAGCACCUCAACUCCGUAGUCUGUUGUAAGGCUUGCGGCAGACCCUUGGGAAGCCGGUCUGUGGUCUUUGUCUUCCUGCUUGCUGCUCAGGGGCGGCUGCGGGAGUCUUGGGUCCAUGGAUUGUCAGAGGGCGGCUGGUGCGGGCCGCCUAGUAUGUUCUAUGAACACGAAUAAACUUGAUUGCCGGUUAUUAGUAUCA